UGUUGAGUCGCGCGCUUCCAUGACAACCACCAAAAACCCAAACAAUUUCAAUUUGUUAUUUUUUUUUCACCUCCAGACUAAAAAUGUAUUCAAUAUCGAAAAUGGAUUCAUAUGAUGAGGUUCAUGACGUGAAAAAUGGAAGAAACAUUGCAACGCCACCUGAUAAUUCAGAGGAAUUGGAUUUAGAUGUGAGUAGUGCCGUAAAAUUUAUUCAAAGUGAGGAUGAGGAACGGGAAGAUGAAAGGAAUUUCAUCCCAAUCGAGCGACCAUUGCAGAUGGAUAACAAGCCAAGGCUUGAAAAAGUUGAUUCGCUUAUCAAAAAACCUUUUCGGAAGUUAAACAUUGACAGUAUUGAGGAUACAAACAAUUCGACAGAUUCAAGCAGCAAGUCAGACGAUGAUGAUGAAGAUGGUCCUCAAUACUUAAAGAGUCAUCCAAAUGAAUCAGGAGUUAUGUCAGACAAGCUAAUGCCACCGAAAUUUGAAUUCAAUUUGAAGCAAUUUGAAAAUUUGGAUUCAUCAUUUCCAGCUGAGUUAAAGGAAAUUAUGCAGUACAUUCCAAAAUAUACACCACAAAGUAUUGACAUUGAUUACAAACUUCAGGUCUUUAUACCCGAUUUCAUACCAAGUGUUGGUGAUACAGAUUGCUUUUUAAAAAUAGUCACUCCAAAUUCAAUGAAGUCAAUCGAGAAUGUUCAGUUGAAUGACAUCAAUCGACUUGGAUUGAUUGUGCUUGACGAGCCUGGUGAACAAAGCGAGGAAGCUCUUCUACAAAUCAAGUUACGUUCAAUAUUCGCAAAACCGUUAGCAGCACCAUCAGCUUUAGCAAAGUCACCAAAAGACAUUGACAAAUGGAUCCAUGAAAUAUCCUCGCUACAUGCAAAUCGUAUUCAUGAUAAUUUCAUGCAACAGCAACAGACACAAAUAAAUAUUGACAAUUUGAUGAGCGAAUGGCCAAAUGCUGUUGAAAAGAAGAUCGAAGCCUGCUAUCCUACAUCUAAUCUAGACUGUUCGCUUAGUGAUUAUGUGCGAAUUAUAUGCAAUUUGGUUGACAUCCCUAUUGAUAAUGUGGAAAAUCAUUAUGACUAUAUAAGAGCACUAAAUGUGUUUUUCAAUUUGUUUAUUGCUAUAAGAAAUGAGAAGUAA